UCCUAUUUUUAAGUGGACUAUCUAAUAAGGUAAAAGGUCAAAGUCCAAAAUGGCUGCCGGAGGUUUGCGAGUUCGCUCUGCUUUCAGACAAGGACUUUUUACAGACAAAGUCGCCAUCGUGACAGGAGGAGGGACGGGAAUAGGGAAGGCCAUAACUCAGGAACUGUUGUACUUAGGAUGUAAAGUAAUGAUAGCGUCCCGUAGUGAGGAGAAGGUGAGAACAGCAGCAGCAGAGAUGUCCUCACACAUCCCCACGGACAGCCCUGCACAAGUCAAGGCACUGCAGUGUAACAUCAGGAAGGAGGAGGAUGUGAAAAAUCUAUUUUCCAAGACCAUCGGUGAGUUUGGUAAACUGGACUUCCUGGUGAACAACGCUGGCGGUCAGUUCCCCAGCCCGGCUGCCCAUAUCAGCCUGAAGGGCUGGAAUGCUGUAGUGGACACCAACCUUAAUGGCACAUUCCUCUGCUGUAGGGAAGCAUACCACUCCUGGAUGGCAGAACAUGGUGGAGUCAUUGUCAACAUCAUAGCAGACAUGUGGAAAGGCUUUCCUAUGAUGAGUCACACGGGGGCUGCCCGUGCCGCUGUGGACAACCUGACAAAGAGCCUCGCCCUGGAGUGGGCAGCCAGCGGGAUCCGGAUCAACUCUGUAGCGCCUGUGAGAUCACACUUCUCUAGAUCAUGUUGGCAUGCGGAUCAAGGAUAGAUCCAAGUUUUGGCCUUUUUUAUUGAUAAUAGAAU